AUGCAACAAGAGAUAAUAAAAGAGACGUUUCAACUUGUCUCAAAGAGAGAUGACAAUGUCUGCAUUUUCUUAGAUGGUGGAAGCCGAGGUCCGAGUCUCGCCCUCCAUGCUUUCCCCGGUGACGGCGGUUUUUUACCCUACUCUGAUUUUGACUAUUAUUUGUCGUUAGCUACCGUUAACGGAUCGUCCGUAUUCCUCAAAAUGUUGGACAAGUGUUUUGAAAAUGUCUGCGAGUUGGAUUUGAUAUUUCACGCUGACGCCACCCAACAGGUGUUGGAUGACCUGGUUAUGGGCGGAAUGGUGUUACAGACGAACAUGGUGGAUAUAUUGUACAGAUUGUACGAGCAGAAUAAGAUGCAAAAGGCUGAGUCUCGGAUGUCCCUUUGCGCCCUUGGAGCUACUUCAGAAGAACACUGUGAGACGUGA